AAAAAUGUCAAGCACCGACGUUGCCAGCGGCGACGGUAUCGCAGAUCGGCCGUCGACUCAGCAUGUGGGAAGGCUCUCAUAUGAUGUCCUGAUGCACGUCUUAAGCUGGCUAGACGAUGACUAUCCUUCGUUGUAUUCCUGCUCUCUGGUGAAUAGGGUAUUGAGGGAUGCCGCUGCGGUCUACUUGUACAGAAGUAUAACGUAUUCACCGCCGCUCAGUCCUGUCUUGAAUUUGAAGCAGCAGAAGCAGGACGAUUUUGAGGAAGGUGUCUUUGCUUCAGCACUGCUUCCGCACAACGCGUCCCUUGUCCGUCGCUUGGAAGUCAGCGGAUUCCUUCCCACGAGACCGGCUCCAUUGAGCAAAUUCACCAGUCAACUCAAGGUUGCCGUCGAGUGUUGGCCUAAUAUUCAGUCGGCCACCUUCACCCCUUGGCGACAUGGCGAAGACACGUUCGGAGACGCCCUGAUGCUGCUGAAUUCGCGAUCGUCUUUGCGACAUCUGGUAGUCAAGGCUACGUGUUUGACAGCAGGAAACGUCGCCACUCUCGUGCAAUUGCGAAACCUCCAAAGCCUCUCGAUAGGUUCACCCAGUCGCGCCAUACUACAGGUUCUUCCUGAAUGGUUGAGGCAAUUGCAGUCGACUCUGCGAAAACUUGGUUUGACGGAAAGUUGCGGGUCGGUGACGCCCGGAGUCCUUCGUUCUUUCCUUCCGUACAUGCACGACAUCACGUCGUUCACCCUCGGUCUCUCCUACUCGCUCACCGACGAUGACGUGUUCCUUUUCUGGGAAGAUCUCCCUUCACUACAAACACUCGAGUUCCGCUACUACCUCCAAAUGCGUCCUGUGGGGACUCCGCGCCUAUCUCAUCUGCGCUGUCUGACGGUGCAUUGUAACCACGUGAAAACUAGCGGCGAUGCUGCGUACCUGUACAAAUGGGUUCGCCGAGUUAUUACCUACGCGCCGCUGGUCUCCCUGCGUAUCCUUUGUAGACGCGAACCCUGGGGCGCUGCUCCGUCGUUCGAUCCGUUACUGGAACAUCUCAUCGCCAGACAUGCGCAACGGCUGCGCGUUCUAGACAUUCGCGAGUUCUUCGUAGGGAAGAAAGCUUUGAGUAAGCUGUGCGACAAGUGCACCCAGCUCGAGACGCUGUUUGUGACCGUCUCUUGCGAUGCACUGAAGGAGUUUCAGUCUGACCCGACCGUGUUCCGGUCUCUGCGUCAGUUGGGCUUGAAUACACGAACCAGCAAGAGCCGAAGGAGCAUCAGCACGACAGCCGCGGAAGCUUUCAUGAAGCGUCUGCCAUCCCUGAGGCGUCUCGUGGUGAACGGCUCGUGUUUUGAGGGUACCUGGGCUGCGGAUAUGUCAGAGGCCGCCACAUACGUUGUGCAUCCGGUCGACAUUACAGUACGGUUGUUCCCCUGGGAGAGGGGCACUGUUUAUGGUCAACCAAGCUACGAAAGACCUCUUGAUUGGUUUACGUAGCUCAAUGACAUCUGCGGCUCUCGAUAGCUUAUGGCACAUCGGCAGCGAGGAUGCAUCAAGGCAGGCACAGCAUUUGAGUUCUCUAAUCUCGACAAGGGAGUGUAUUCUACUCUGGCGCCACAUUGCCCUUAUGUCACAGCGUGCUUCGGUGCUAAUAAACCACACUUUCAGACUAUCCUGUACCGGGUCUUCUGCAGCCCACCCAUGCGGUGUUGCAGCGGCGGUGCGCCUUCUUUUGUGACCCCGUUGCUCGGCUCGGCUUUUGCCCGCGGCUGGCAGACGGCCCGCUGUUACGAGGUGAUGCAUAUCCCACGGCCUGCCAAUGCCAAACAUAGCGCGUGCGACUAGCCGGACGUAUGCCACCAUCAACACCACUGAACGUUCGUGGGCGGAUCGAAAUUGACUUGGCUCGGACCGAGUACUUAAGGCUUGCAGCCUGAUAUCUUGCAGCAGCCCAGCGUAGAGAACCCAUUUCCCUCAUUGACCACAACAAGCAUGCAGGCGGUUCUCAGUCUCGCGCUCCUCCUUUUCGCUGUCCUCGUGCUCAAACAUCGAUCACAAGCGCGAAGAGGAUUGCCCCCUGGGCCGAGCGCAUUGCCUGUCCUGGGAAGCGUUCAUAACCUCACAUUAGAGUUUCAACACAAACGUUUUCUGGAAUGGAGCAAGGACUUCGGAGACGUAAUAUAUUUCAAGCUAUUCCGCACGCCGGCCAUUGUGCUGAACUCGCUCGAGAGCGCCAGAGAGUUGUUGGACAGGCGCAGCGCGAAGUACUCGGACAGGACGCGUGCCGUGCUCUUGGCAGAGUUGAUGGGCCAUGAUUCCGCCCUUCCUUUCCUUCGCUACGGUGAACGGUUUCGCAGACAUCGGCGCUGGAUGCACGACGCCAUCGGAAGUAGGGCGUCGAUCCAGAAAUACCGCCCCAUCCAGAUUCGAGAAGUCCAUUUACUGCUACGGAGCCUCCUCAAGAAUCCAGAAGCAUUUAUGGAGCACCUGUAUAGAUAUGUAGCCGGCACGCUUCUGGAAAUUACGUAUGGUCAGCGGUUAACGUCUAUGGAUGAUCUGAUUGUGCAAUUGGCGGAGCGAACCGUGAACGCGACGAAUGAGAGUGGGAGUCCCGCUUCUAUGCUGGUCGAUUUCUUCCCUAUAUUGAAGCACCUCCCUACGUGGUUACCCAUCGCUAGCUUCAAGCGGCACGCAUUGAAAGCACGCGCAGACCUGAAGGCAUGGCGAGAAACAGGUGUCAAUAUGGUCAGAUCCGCUAUGGCUUCUGGAGCUUCGUCAUCAUGUGUAAUCUCCGCAUUACUUGAAGCUCACCAGGGCCAUCUCGGCGACGAAGAGCUUGGAGAGAUCGGAGCCAUCGGGGUGGAUAUAUACGGUGGUGAGUUGCCCCCCUCUACAUACGGCAGUCUGGCCUCUUUUGUACUCGCCAUGGUACGGAGUCCGGAUGUGCUGCGGAAGGCCCAGAAAGAGUUAGAUGAAGUUGUCGGCCCGACACGGUUACCAGACUUUGCGGACCGCGAAUCUCUACCAUACCUGAAUGCUGUCGUAGAGGAGGUCUACCGAUGGAACCCCGGUCUUCCUCUGGCAAUUCCUCAUAGAGCAAUGACAGACGAUCAAUAUCGCGGCUACGACAUUCCGGAAGGAUGCAUGAUUAUGCCCAACAUAUGGGCAAUGUCUCGCGACGAGCGGUACUAUCGGGAGUCCGAAGAUUUUCGUCCUGAGCGGCACUUGAACGAAACCGGCGACGCGAUUGCCCAAGAGCGCGAGUUGCCGCAUAGUUACGUUUUCGGGUUCGGUCGCAGGGUUUGCCCUGGGCAAGCAUUCGCAGACGCUACACUAUGGCUCGCUAUAGCCAGUCUUAUAGCAACGCUUGACAUACGCAAAGUCGUUGACCCCUCUGGUGCCGAAAUCACCCCUCCAGCUUCGUUCAAGCCUGGUUUCACAAGGUCGGUACCACCGUUCCCAUGCAAGAUUGUGCCGCGCACAGAGAUGAUAGCAGCUGUGAUUUCUCAGCUGGACGUCUAA